AUGCUCAAGACUGCCGAAGCAAAUAUGUGGAAUAACAAAACAGGCCAAUAUGAGCGAGUUCUUAUAUUUUUUGAUACUGGUGCACAGAGAACCAUAAUAAACGAACGUACAGCAGAGGAAUUUGGACUUCCAAAGCAAAAAACGGAAAUAUGCACCAUGUCUGGCAUUGGUGGCCAUACUGAGGAAUUUAAAACGUCCUUUGUUCCAUUGAAAAUCUCUACAGGUUUUGGAAAAGAGAUUCAUCUAACGGUACAAACAAAAUCCGUGAUAACUAACGGUUUUCGUUCAGCAUAUCUUUUAGAACAAGAUAAGCAGUUUCUUCAAGAUAACGAUAUUUAUUUGUCCAAUCCAAGAUUGAGAGGUGAACACCAAAAUCCACAAAUUCUAAUUGGAUUAGAUUACUACUACGAAUUUGUUAUGAGUAGCACUAGAACAAGACUACCGUCGGGACUAUAUGUUGCCAGAACAUUAGUAGGUCCAACUCUUCAUGGUCGCAGUACAAGUGCGGUAAAUGAAACUGGCGAAGAGAUUACCCAUAGUCUUACGCUCGUUCAGGAGCCAAGUGAAGCAGAUAUACUUCAGAAGACUUUUGAAUUGGAUGGAUUAGGAAUUUCCACCAAUGAAUUUUCAAAUGGUGAAAAAACAUUUGAGUAUUUUGAAAAGUACUCGAAAACUACAUCAUUUAAGAACAGUGUUUUAACUGCACCCUUUCCUCUUAAGGACAACGUAAUCGAUAUAUCCGAUAAUUACGCGAUAGCAUACCGUAGGCUCGAGUCCUUACAGAGACAGCUGGCCACCAACAAAGAGCAAAGAUCGUGGUACAGCAAAAUAUUCAAUGAUUACCUCAAAGAUACCAUAAUCGAAGAAGUACAUGAACCAGUCAAAAACGCGGCUGGCACCUAUUAUAUGCCACACUCCGGAGUGUGGAAGCCUUCAAAAACGAAACCUCUCAGAUUCGUAUUUGAUGCAUCCUCGAAACAAAGAGGUAAACUAUCAUUAAAUGAUAUAAUUCACACCGGUGAAUCUUUCGUUAAUAAAAUUCAUGAUAUCCUUAUUCGCAGUCGAAUUAGCAAGUUUAUAUUAACGUGCGAUAUCGAAGCUGCAUUCACUCAGAUUAGAAUCGUAGACGAGCACAAAGGCCUUUGUCGCUUUCUGUGGGUCAAAGACAUCAGUCGCAUGCCGACAAAAGACAACAUAGUUGUUUACAGAUUUAACCGUUUGCCAUUCGGCGUUACCGCAUCUCCGAGCAUAUUGAAUAUAGCAAUUCUUGCUUACUUAAAUGCAAAGAAUACCCCACUCUCACAUGAAAUAGCAAGAAACAUUUAUGUUGAUGAUAUUUUAUUGACAGCUGCAACUGAGCAGGAAACUUUGAAGAAGUAUGUCGAAUCAAAGAAUCUUUUCAAGGAAAUUGGUAUGAACCUACGAGAAUAUGUGUCAAAUUCUCAGAUAGUAAAUGAAGAAAUCCAUGAGGAAGACAAAUCACCUUCUAGUGAUAUCAAGUUCCUAGGUGUUAAAUAUAACACAGAAACUGAUCUGUUUAACGUGAAAGUAAAUAUUCCGUCGAAAACAUUACUUACUAAGCGAGAUGUGGUUAGUAUAAUAAAUUCUGUAUACGAUGCUAUAGGUGUAACUGCGCCAUUGUUUAUCAAGCUGAAGUCGCUAAUGCGAGGAAUCUAUGACACUGGAAUUAAGUGGAAUGACUAUGUUAAUCCAGUAAUGACUAGUAGAUGGAACUCCAUCUGCAAAGAGAUUAAUGGUGCAAGUAUCAGCAUUCCCAGGUCAAUUCUCACAGAAGUGCGAAAUCUUCACACUUCAGAAACAGAUUUAUGGAUAUUUUGUGAUGCAAGCAAUCUUGCUAUAUCAAGUUACGCCUUCCUGCGGCAUAAUGACACUAACGAGGUCACGCAAUUGAUUAGCGGAAAGUCAAAGUUGACUCCCAAAAAAUGCCGGCAAACAACUCCAAGGUUAGAAUUGCUUGGAAUAGUUGUUGGAAUAAGAUUGGGAAAGAGCAUCUUAGGAAAUCUUGAUCACUAUAUAGAUCAUUUCAAUCUUGUCACUGAUAGUGAAAUUGCUCUACAAUGGAUUAAUUACUUUCGAAAACUUCCAGCUUUCAUAAUCAAUCAGAAAGACCGAAUUGGAAAACUCAAAUCUCUGGUUGAGAGCAAAGGCAUUUCCGUGAACUUUUUCCAUGUUCCAGCACACAACAAUCCAGCAGAUGCAGGGACGCGAGGUCUUACAUCAUCUCAACUCGACUCACACAUCUGGGUGAGAGGGCCGCAAUGGCUGGCUCUAGAGCCAUCUAGCUGGAAACUACGCUUUAUCGAUACUUUGAAUAUAAAAGAAAUUAUGGAAGAAAUGGAAACAUUUGAAAAUCCCAUGUUGAAGAGUCUGAGAGUAAUAAUGAUAAUGCGAACUCAACGCUUGUAG